CAGUGGUAGCAGAUUGCGGGAUGCAGCCUUUGCCAUGGAGCUAUUUGGUCCUUUGCAUUGUGGAGCAUGGACAUGCUGAUCAGUUUCAACCAGAGUCUACGCUUGCGGGGGAGAAUUCAUCACGAUUGCAGUGGGCGCAUAUACACAUCGCAUCUUUUGGUACAAUACUGGCUGCGACAACGCUGUGCGCUGGAUUUGUUGUCAUUCUCGUGCUUGUUUGUGCUGUAGCUGGUUUGGCCGUGCCUUUACUUGCAAUGCUCCCAUCUGCAUCAGCGGCUGUUUUGGCAAUACAGGCGAUUGUGCUGGUUGAGAUUUCGGAAUUUAUUCCAGUCCCUCUGAAGGCGUUGUCAGCUCCUCUGAAGCUUCCCAGGUCAGAUUCAGUUUUGGCGUGUUCAAUAUUGCUCUUGGCAGCUGUUUGGCUUGCGCGCCGUGCCAGGGUGUAUUUGCUUCGGAAGAGCCUGCGACAAAGCUCCGAAUUUUGCUGCCCGCACGGGCUGAGUCGAGGCACUUGGGAAUUGAGAGCAUUGGGCUUUUUAGCAUUUCCACUGACUGCAUCCAGCACGCAAAUCUUGCUGAAUUUGGACAGAGCCGACUCUCCAUUGGCUGGUUUCCUUUUCUCGACAGUUCUGCUUUGCUUUCUGGUGAAUCAAGCAGCCUCAGCUUUGCUAUUUGUGAGGGAUGUUCUUCGAGACGGGUGUGUUAUCCGUGCGGCUCUUCCAAAAAAUGCUGGCGGAGGCGAAGUAUUCAUAGAUCGAUUGUGUGACGAACUGCGAGCAAUUCCAAGCAGGGCGUGGCCGAGCCAGCCAGGGCAAUUUGGUCAGUCAGGUGCAGAAAAUUGGCUUGCGACAUCAACUUGGUGCUUUUCUCAUUCCGUUGCUCGCGUCAUGGAAGUCGAGUUAGCAGAAGAGGAUUUGACUUGUAGGAACGAACAAUUGUCUCCUUAUCAAGCAAUGUCGGAUUGCUGUGAAGACGACUUGCAGGGUAAGCCACUUCUACGAGGGGAGGUCGUGGAGGAUAGCUGCGAACUGGAUGCUUCCCCAGAAGCAGCCAGUGAAGCGUUUGCACUGCCUGAGGCACCUGCCUUCCUUUUCCGUGGUGGUGUCAGCGCUGUGAAACUUUCACAUCCGGCAACUGUUUCGAUCACACAGUGCUAUGGCGUUCAAGGCAAGUCUUUGGCAGGAGUAGUUUGCAUUCCCUGGCUGGAUUGCGCUGUUCCCUCUGAUGCGCUCUGCAGCAUCGAAGACCUUUGCGGCACUGUGACAUUGCGCGUUCAUCCAGCACAGCUCACCGGGAGAUUGUCAUCCGGGCAAUAUGCACCAUGCUUUGACUGGGGAACGCGACUGCCGUGGCGCUGGCCAAUGGAUUUUGCCCUGCAACUCUUGCUUGGGAUUUGGAUGGGCAUACGUUCGCGUCAGAUUCUACCUGCAGCAGAACUUCUCGUGGACUCAGCAAUGCUUUGCAUGGCAGCCAUUCUGAUGCUCUUCAUGUGCAAGGUGUCAGCAUGGGAUCACUGGAUUGACAACGCAGCACUUCGUGCAUCAUACAUGGUGGUACUUCAUGUUGUUUUCAUUCGAGCGACCUGGGAUCCUGCAAAGCCAACCUUGUGCAUCCUUGCAGCCGGUGGAGCUGCGUUGUUCGCCAUGAUUCCUUUGUUGACUCUGCUCUCAGCUGGAGUGUGCCUUCUGGGGAUUGCACUUGGCCAGCUCGAAUCUCACCAGCGGGAGGAGCGCUUGCUGCACGACUCCGUAACAGGCUGGGCUCCCGGUGCGGUCUCGCAACGUCAGGCAUCCUUUGACUUUCCCGCUUGUGACCUACGCUUACCACAAGGCCAGGAUGCUCAGGAUGUCGAAAUCGUUUUGGACGGUCAGGUGGUUGGCAUUGAAGCGCCUGUCCUUCCAGGACGAGCAAGAGUCAGGAUCCGUCAUGUGCAGCUUAUAUCCUUGCAUCAUGGCCCACAAGUGCUGCCUUGCGCUAGCUCUGAUCGAGGACGUUUGCCUUUACCUCACGAGUUCCUGUUUCCUUCAGCCUUGAUCAAUACCACAGCUCGAACAUCAGAGGAAAGGGCAGUACCUGCUGGGAUCGUGCCAGCAGCUGCUCUUCUCACGCCUGGCUAUCCGGGAAAGCUGGUUUACUCAGAGGCAUGCUACAAUGGUGCUUCCUGGCAAGACGCCAUUACCUGCUACUUCGUGCACAUGCCAGGUCUUGCCGAGGAGGCAAUCUGCCAAGUUGAUGCUGCCCAGCGCAAGUCCCGGCAUCCCUGCGUCGUGAUUGUGGAGGUACUUCCAGCUAUUGCUGCUGUAGCUUGGCAAUUUUUGUGCGAUUUUUUUGUGGCGAGCCAUGAUGCGUCCAGGCGUUUGUAGAUGCUCCGGAUGAACGUGGUGCAGAAGAGGAUGCUUAAGGCUGAAAAGAAUGCCACGUUGGUCAUCACAAGGAGGAGGAUUAGGGACGAGGCAGACAUACCAUCCCAAGAUCAGGCUUGGAUCAAGUCAGUGGUCGCGGCCUUGCGGCCAGAGAGCAUGCUGAUGCGUUGCCUGGCCGUUGAUUGAACGGCAUGCCAUGGAACAUCCUGCGCUUUUCAUUUUGUUUAUUGCAUUCACCAUGCAAUGAACAGGUGAUGGGACUCUAUGAAGGGACACGACACAGACCAUCUUGGAUACGAUGACAGACAAUGACGAGGUGCUGCAUUGAUCGACUCGUGAUCAAUUAGCCCGAAGCUUCGGCCA